AUGGGUAACCACGGCGCGGACCCCAAGCAUGGAGUUUUCCUAGGUAACUGGGGAGCCAUCGGCUGCACGACCCCUCAGAAGAACAUCAUUACCUAUUCCCUCUCCGCCAACCGACAGAGGCCCAUGGCCGGCGCUGCUCACGCCGCUAUCUUCAACGUCUGGCGCCGAUUCCGCCACCAGGUCCUCUACGUCGCCCCUCCCUUCAUUAUCGCCUACGCUACCAUGAACUGGGCCAUUGAGAGGAACGAGUACCUCAACUCCAAGCCUGGUCGUCAGGCCGAGGGUGAAUCUGAGUAA